UGACCCAUUCCCCCUCCUGUCUAAAACCACCCCACCAUUAACAACACUCCAAAGUUCCAAACCCCAAGUGACUCAGUCCAACUCGUUGUCCCAAAACUCAGCCUCCUCCCCUUCUUCUCCCUUCUUCUCCCCCGGAUUUCAAAGUCUGUCACACAUACCAAGCGAUUCUUCAGCUGGAAAGAUUGUUGCCCAUUUUUCCAAUUUCCAAGUGAGUCUCUCUUAAAAAAUACCUGACUUUUUCCUUCUUUCCAAGUAAUUUAGUUAAUUAAAUAAAAAUCCCAAUUAACUUUUUCCUUCGUUCCAACUUUCUGCUCGUCUCUAUUGGUUUAGGGUUUUACUCAGUCGUUUUCGUGUUUGAAUUUUGCUUCUUAAUCAACUGCCUAGAUUGAAAAGCUCUAAUCUUUAGAGAGAGAAAGUGAGGAGAGAGAGAGGGUCAAGGGUUUUAGGUGAGAAAAGGAGGAGAGAGAGAGAGAGGGUUUGAAAUUUCAAUACCAACUAUUUAUGCCAAAAUUUUCAACUUGAUGGGUUCUAUGUUAUUUCCUGGAAGUAUCCUUCAAUGGGUAUCGAUUAGUUUUUAGAAUUUUUGUCAAAAACUUUGAGAUGUUAGGGGAAGAAGAGAAAAACCGGCUCGCCGGAAGUACUUCCCGGAAAACCUACUUGCGGUCGGUUUCGUGGUCUGACCGGUCACCCUAUAAGCCUAACAUUCCAUAUCCGAGGCCACAGCUGGUUAGUAAAGCGAGGUCUUGCCUUCCUCCUCUUCAGCCCCUUUCAAUAGCCAGAAAUACCGUUAAGGAGUGGCCGCGGGCGGGGUCUGAUGAUCUCGGGGUCUGGCCUCAACCGCAGACCCCGAGAGGUUCGGCUAAACCGCUUCCGAAUUCGAACCCAGAAGAACCUGGGAGAGAGUUUGAGUUUAAGAAGGAUAUGCUUGCGUUUUUCGACAAAGAAUGCUCGAGAAUUGCUGAUCAUAUAUUCUUAGGAAGUGAUGCCGUGGCUAAGAACCGCGAGGUUUUGAGGCAGAAUGGGAUCACUCAUGUGCUGAACUGUGUUGGGUUUGUUUCUCCCGAGUAUUUCAGAAAUGAUCUUGUGUACAAGACGCUUUGGUUGCGAGAUAGCCCAUCGGAGGACAUUACGAGUAUACUGUAUGAUGUGUUUGAUUAUUUUGAAGAUGUUCGAAAGCAAGGCGGGCGAGUUUUCGUGCAUUGUUGUCAGGGAGUGUCUCGGUCCACCUCUCUGGUCAUUGCAUACCUAAUGUGGAGGGAGGGCCACAGCUUCGAAGAUGCGUUCCAGUAUGUGAAGGCAGCGAGAGGGGUGACCAACCCGAAUAUGGGUUUUGCUUGUCAACUCCUUCAGUGCCAGAAGAGGGUACAUGCUGUGCCUGCAAGCCCAAAUUCCAUGUUAAGGAUGUAUCGGAUGGCCCCGCAUUCAUCAUAUGAUCCUCUUCAUCUGGUGCCAAAGACGUUAGGACAUCCAGGUGCACAAGGACUCGACUCUCGUGGGGCCUUCAUUGUGCAUGUUCCAUCUGCUAUUUACGUCUGGAUUGGAAAGGAUUGCAACACAAUGAUGUCAGAUAAUGCCAAGGCAGCUGCCUUUCAGGUCAUCCAGUAUGAGAGGGCAAAGGGCCCGAUUGUGGACAUCAAUGAAGGUGAAGAACCGUUGGAGUUCUGGGAUGCUCUUUCCAACGGACUCUUAGCAGAAGAUUCCAGCAAGGCAGAUGCCAAAAAGGUAGAAACUUUUUCUUCCGCAUGUGACAAGGUUUCUGCAGGGAUGUGGGGUCAGGUUGGUGGAAGGAAGGUUGCUGAAUAUGAUUUGGAUUUCGAAAUUUUUCAUAAGGUACUUGCAGGUGGGGUUGUUCCACCAUUUUCAGUGUCAAAUACCGAAUCAGAAACUUGCCUUCCAGCCAGAGAAAAUGGAUGGGGUAGAUUGCGGCAAAAGUUUGCUAGCGGAAUUAUGAGAGAAUUGGUCACAUCUUCUGAGGUGAACCGAAGCCCUACCGCAUCCACUGAUGAAUCGGAUAUGGUUGUGGAAACUCAUAAAGAAGCAGAAGACUCUGUCUCCCCAAUUGAGCCUUCAUCGCCAUUAUCAGCAUCACGUCACUUUUGUGGUUCACCAGAUUCCUUUGAAUGCUAUCCAAAUAAAAGCCCACGUAGGGUAACGGAUACUCUUAGUGAGGUAGAACGCUUUGUUCCUCUGACCGAUAAGUUACUGUUACCUACAAGUCUUUGUGGUUCACCAGACUCAUUUUCUUGUUUUCCUGACAGAAGUCCUAAGUUCAGCUCCAAAUCCCCAACACUCUCCCCUUCAACCUCUGAAAACUCCAGUUCAUUUACCUUUUCACCCUCAUCUUCCAAUUGGUCGGACUUGUCGUAUUUGUCUUCUCGACUGCCUUCACCUUCUGGCUUGGAUUCCACAGAUCCAUUUAAUGUUAAGAAUAUCUCUUUGGCAGAUAACUCAAGCUUGCUUUUCAAAAAAUCUCCCUCGUCGCCUACAGAAGCAUUUUCUCCUGACUGUACUUUGGAAAUGGCAAAUACAGGUUUGCCAUGUAAGGGGAUUUCCCCCUCUAUUGCGGAGCGUAGAGGGAGUAAUCCUCCACCUCGAAUGUUGGUGCCUUUGGUUGAUGAAACACCAAAAGUUCCGAGGAAUCUGGUACGGUCAUGGUCCUUCUCCUUACCCGACAUGGCUGAUGAUGCAAUGGACACUGUUUGCAACCAAUCUGAAACUGUGAGCAACAGAGAAGACCUAAUGUUAGAUGUGAACGUUAGUCACCAUGGAAACGAAUUGAAAUCUGAAAGGAUCACGCAAGCAGCGGAAGUGAUCAACCCUGUUUUGUACCAGUGGCCUUCUUUGAAUAAAGUGGAGGCACACCAAUCUCACAAACUUCAUACUGGAUCAGCUUAUCUUUUGCUAGCUCCAGAUACGAGUGCAGGCACAAGUAAUCCUGGUAUCUUAUUUGUCUGGUUGGGACUCGAAGUAUUGCACGAGGAAGGGCAAGGUCCGACAUGUGAGGAUAGACAUCUUCACUGGGAGGCCAUAGGACACAACUUCCUCGAUCGCGUGGGUUUGCCUAUGAAUUCCCCUGUACAGAUAAUAAGAGAAGGUGAGGAGCCAGAACAGUUCCUGAUCCAUCUCAGCCGUAUAUCAAUACAGAAAACAUAAUCGCGACUCGGAAGAAUUGGAAGAAUCAGGUUUUAUGAAGGUUGUGGAUUCGUGGUCUUCCAAGCUAAGGGGAUGUCGGGACAGAACAGUUGCAGGUCAUGAGAGGGGAGUUGGCAUCCCGGGCCUCUUACCGGCUUGAGUGAUGUCUGGAGUGGUACAGAAACAUGUACAGAGAACAAGUCGGCGUUAGGCUGAUAGAAAUUAUAAGUUUUGUUUUUACGGCAGAUAAAAUAGUAUCGAUUGAAAUAAGUGAAUCAAGAAUAUAUUUUUCCCCUGUAAAGCACCGAAGGUGUUGCCAUUUAAGUUGAAAUGAUAAUCAAACUCAUAUUUCGAAUUGCUCCUCAA